AUUCAUGAGGAGAGACAAGUUGGAGCGUGCGUGCUCGUGCGUGUGUGAGUGGAGAUCCGUGUUGGGAAGGAAACGAUUGGAUUUUUUUUGGUCUGCUCUCAUAUUCAACAUCUCUGCUGUCCUCCACGAGUCAUUUUCUUCUUCUCCUCUUCUUCUCCUCGUUCUUCAUCCUCCAGCCACUGACAUCAGUGGAAUGUUUCAAUCUCUUUUGAUAUUGAGGUUAAUCUGAUUAUGAAGAUUACCGUCGCGAGACUUGCUCAUCCAUGACAACCAAGAUGGAGACUCCUUUCUACCAUGACGACUCCACCGCUGUCCCCAGCUUCAGCCACCCUGCAGAAUAUGAGCUUUACGCCGGAAACAAGAUGUUCUUGACUAAGAAGACCAUGUCCCUUGCAGGUAGCCAUCAUUUCCCAAGUGGAGGUAGUAGUGCAGCAGGAGGAAGAGCAACAAAUCCCAACAACCUCGGACUCAACAACAACAGCUCCCUCAUGACAUCAUCGGCUGACAUGAACCAGCUAAAGCUGUCCUCCCCCGACCUGGAGCAUCUGAUCAUCCAGUCCAACCAGGGUCUGGUCACCACCAGCCCUGUGUCCACCUCCACCAACCCUUUCAUCUAUCGCGGCCAGGCCACCAAUGAGCAAGAAGGCUUUGCUGAUGGCUUCGUCAAGGCCCUCGCAGACCUUCACAAGCAGAAUCAGCUGGUAGGAGGCCCCAUGUCUCCAUCUUCUUCCUCCAACGUCUCCUUGCAGGCGUCCUACCAGAGAAACUUGGUGAUGAGCACCAGCGACAUGCCCAUCUACACCAACCUCAGCAGCUACAACCCUGGACAGAUGGCAUAUCCCAGCGGGCAGAUGACAUACAAGGGUGCUUCAGGCCAUAAUGCCAAUGGAACCGCGCAAGCACACACUCGAGUUCUGGAUGCCCCUCAGACGGUUCCUGAGGUUCCUGGAGACCCGACGUCCCCAUCUUGCCUCUCCCCCAUCGACCUGGAGAUGCAAGAGAAAAUCAAAGCAGAGCGCAAGAAGCUUCGCAACCGCAUUGCGGCAUCCAAAUGCCGCAAGCGUAAACUGGAGCGAAUCUCACGGCUCGAGGAGAAGGUAAAGAUCCUGAAGAGUCAGAACUCGGACUUGGCCUCCACCGCUUCUAUGCUGCGCGAGCAGGUCACUCAGCUGAAACAAAAGGUCAUGAGUCAUGUCACCAACGGGUGCCAGAUUGCCGUCAGCUCUGCCGCCAAAUCUGGAGGUGGAGGCAGUGCUGGAAGCAAGGACCCCGCCUGCUGAGGAGACAUCAGGAGAAGAAGAAAAUAAGCCAAGUUCACAUUUUUUACAACGUCGGAAUUUCAUGAGUGCUCACAGUAAGACGAGCACCAAUAGCCAAGUUGCAAUUAAGGAUGUUUUUUUAAGAUUUACACCAACCAGGGGCAGGCAUUAACAGCAGACAGGAGAGUUCCUGGACAUGAACAAAGGUAACGGAUUUGACACGAGUUUGAAACCCUUUAAACGGCUCAGUGAUUAUUUAUUGAACUAUUUGUGCACCGUGUUACUUGAGUGGAACUUGUCUUUCUGUGAAAUGUUACCGUUCAGUUUCUUUAAGCUAUUUUUGUAACAAGCACAUUCGAGAAAGCCAUCAGUGAAAUAAGCCGUGUCAUUCAUAGAACUUGUCCAAUGAAUUUUACCCUGACUCAUUUUGAAAUGUUCCAUUCUUUUACAUGACUGACUUUGCUUUGUGUUACCUGAUUUCAUGACACGAUGAUGAACUUUGAACUUUUCUCACUUGUAUUAUCUUGCUGCUGAUGGAAAAAGCACAACAAAAAACUUUAUUGCACCUUUUUGUCUGACAAUCAGUUUCACUUUCCUGCUUGAGGCUGAUGGAAACUUUUCUAACUAGCUAGAUCUGGGGUGUCCAAAGUGUGGCCUGGGGGCCUUUUAGAGGCCCAGGGCUUUUUAUCCGCCCUCUGAACAUUUUAAAAAUAGAAUCCAACCAGAAAACUAACAAAAAAAACAGAAACAUGGAAAAAAAGAGCAGUACUUUUAUGAGAAUAAAAGAUUAAAGUAAAGUCAUAAUAUUAAUAUAAUUUUUUGCUUAAAAACAUGGCUUCGUUAUGCUAUGAGAAAUUUUAUUUUCACUAUAAUUUUCAAAAUUUUUUGCUGUUGCACUGUUUUUUAGAUUAGGUUGUGAAAAAUUGUGAUAUUACGAGAAUACAGUCAAAAUGUUAUGGCAAUAAAGUCACAGUCUUAUGAAAGAAAUUGAAAGAAAUAUUUGUACAAUUGAAAAACAGCAACACCAAAAAUGGAAAAAGAGUAAUAAUACACUUUGUCACCUAUAGCACAAAGCUGAGAUGCAGUUAAUUGGUUCCAGACCCAACCGCAAUAAGUGAAUUUUUGCCAAGUAGGAUUCAGUAUUAAUAAAUUCAAUAUUUUCGUAGUAGCAUAGAAAACCUGUUUCCGACUUUCUAAAUAUGCCUUUUAACAUUAUUAGAGCCCUGUAGACAUGAAAUAACACCCCUAUAGUCACCUUUACAUGCCUAUCAUUCGUUGUUACAGCACACUGCUCAACUGUAAUGCACAGGCUACGGGAUCACUGCAGGGACACAAGAGACGGCCUCCGCUUUAAACAUAGCAUGCUACCGAGCUAACUAGUUAGCUUCCAAUUUGUUUAUUCUGAACUCAAGAGUUUCAAAUAGAGUGGGGAAGAAGGACAAAGGAGCCAAAAACUUACCACUUCCACACAGAAUGGGAGAACCUUUUUUUCACACGAUCAUGUCGGACAUGCCGUGGCUGACUCCAUGCAGUGUGAAGGUAAUCUAAUCUAAUGUCAUGUCUCAUCAAUGAUUACUGAUGCCUGAUGCCUAGUGACCAGAAUACUACAUAUAAGUUGUCUUUCAAUAUUUUGUGACUAAUAAUAUCCCAGUCAACCACAAAGCAGCGGGUAUUUAUUAAUUAAUCUUUGAAAAACUGUGAUGUAAUGAGGGACGACUGUAACUCGUUAGCUUAUCUACAUGGGUGGGUUUGCAAGAUGUAAAAUAUCAAAGUGGCACCAACGCCUUUGAUUUUGCCGUGCGCGGUCCUCAACGGGAAGAAUUUGGACCCCCCUGAUCUAGAUCUAUAUUGAUAAAAAAAUAUGUUCAUAAAUAAAAUCCCCAAAACAUCUGGAAUCAGCUCGGACCACACUGUUUAAUUUGGAGGUGUCUGCUCAUGAGUUGCAAAAUAAAUGAAUACAUUGGUAAAUUAGUCAACUAUUGUGAAAAUACAUUUGAAAAAGAUAAUUGUGAUGUUUCUGUUAAUAACAUUUUCCUUGCUUCAACUGAAAUAUGACUGCCAUGCAACUUUAAAACAAUCAGAAUAACAUUAAACACGACAAAUUCAGUAGUUGUGACCAACAUUUGUUUUAAAUUCAUACAUUAUGUGAGUCGUUAUUUAGAACAGUGGUCUCCAAGCCCCGGGCCGUGGGUCAUUUGUACCGGGCCGUGGGUCAUUUUGUACCGGGCCGCAGAGAAAGAAAAAAUAAUUUCCAUUAUUUCAUUUUUUUAAUGUUUUAUUUUGAAAAAUGUCCGGAUUCUCUCUGUUACAUCCUUCUCACUUGACGCAUGUCCAUUGGGCAUGUGCUAACUUUAUCUCAUGCCGUACAGAUAGACUACUACUGUAUUUUUACCAUUUUUCUUUCACGUCAUAUUUGGUGUCAAAUGCUGAUACUAUGUGGGAAUGCAUAAAGGUAGGUUUUGAUGACUUAUUGAGUGCUAAUGUGCACAUUUGUCUCAAGUUAAUUCAUGCUAGCAACACUGCCUUUUACCACACACGUCAAACACGAUGUAAUCAUCUCUCUGGAAAAACUUGGCUGGAAGUUGAACUGGUGGAUGGUGGGUCGGCAUUCAUUUUGUGCUUUUAAUUUGAUCUUAUUCAUGUCUUAGUUUUACACAAUGAAUAAAUAAGAUAAAUUAGAUAGAUAUAAUGUACGAAACAACCCCCCCGGUCCGCGGGAGUUUGUGGGAACACAAGCCGGUCCGUGGGUCAAAAAAGGUUGGGGACCACUGAUUUAGAAUACAUUGUCAUAUAGUGUUUGGGAUAUUUGAAUACUUGUAAUUAUAGAUUUAAGAGUUAGGGAUAGAGGUAGAGGUGGAGUUCAAGUUAGGGAUGGGAGAUAGAGGUAAAGUCAGAGAGAGUUAAGGAUUGGGUUAAAGAUAGAGUUAGAGAAAGUGAUAGAGUUAAAUUAGCAACAGACUUACCGAUAAAGAUAGAGAUAGAGCUAAGAGUUAGGGAUAGACAUAAAGGUAGAUUUAGCGAUAGAGUUAGGGAUUUAGUUAAAAAUAAAGUUAGAGAUAGUGAUAGAGUUAAAAUGACGAAUAGCGUUUGCGAUAAAGAUAGAGUUAUAGAGUUAGAGUUUGGGAUAGAGAGAUGUAGCGUUAGGGACUGAGCUAGAGUCAGAGAUAGUUAUAGAGUUAAAGUUACAGCUAGAGUUAGCGAUAAAGAUAGAGACAGAGUUAGAGUUAAGAGUUAGGGACAGAGUUAGAGAUAGACUAUCUAGAGAUGGAGUUAGGAUUGUAGCACCACAUUAUGUAGUAAUGGUGCAUGUCGUAUUUUGUUAUACAAUUUUGAAUGCAUUUUGUAAUAAACUUUUGCAAUAUGUAACAAGCUUAUUACAAAAUUGUAUUCAAGAAUUUGAUUACAUUUAAAUAUAACACCGUCAUGACACAUGUGGCGCUACAGGGAUAGAUACUAUAAAGUUGGGGAUAGAGUUACAUUUAGAGAUAGAAUUCGGAGUAUAGAGUUGCAAAGGCGUUGGUGUUCACUAGAGAGCAGACAGGCAUUUCAGCACAUGUUUUUAUGAUUUACCUGGGGAUAGACAGGCAGCCCACCAUGCACCUGAAAGGCCGACUCCCUGCCGCACCAGGCCAAGGAUCACAGGUCAGCCCAGUUUUCAGCAGCAGGAACCGCACUCCAAGUGACACACACAAUGGCAGCCCAAGAACGGAGCAGGCGCAUGUGUCCACGAGCCCAAAGCAACAAGUUUUAACAUUAGUUUUUAACAUUUCCUUCAGCACAAAUGUUGUUGAGUCGCAUCAUGGCGCCUGCCAGUUUGUGUUUUUCAGCAUGUGGCCAAUAAUAUAAUUAUACACCAUGACUUUCUCCAGCCUGUGUAAUGUCUUUAAUGGCAGUGUGACACCAUUGUUUUUACUAAUCCCACCGUAAAAUGCAGAGAAAUGUCGUAUGCGGAGGCGCUGCAGUGCUCGCUUCAUUCUGAAGAGGUGGGGGCGAGUGUGAGUAGGAAGGUGCUUGUCACUGCUGUCCUUCCAUAGAGUGGAAAACAGCAGCACCAGCAGCAGAGCAGCAAGUCAAGUGCAAGAAUGCAAAAAGCUCAACAAAAGGUGAUCAGACUUUUACAACAAAGUAUCAGAGCUUUUCCUGGAGACGGAUAGGGUGCAGGUACUUCAAAUACAGACAAAAGGUAAGAACACAAAUGUUUUUCACUUUAUUAAAAAAUAAAUAAAUGUGACUUAUGGGAAGUAUUUGAAAACACGUUUUACGUUUUCUUGUUAUCCUCUUAUGUUAAUACAGGUUGCUCAUUAAAAGGAGUCAGUGCAUCGCCAGUACUGUCGUCCCUCUCAUUUGAUUAUAGCUCCCUCGCUAUGUCGCAUUUUUUCAGACGAUAUUUAAUAAAUAAAUGUUUGCUGUUUCGUGGUAGACUCUGAUCUAUUAUUAGUCAAAACAGUGGCUACAGUAAAAAUGAUGAUCUUGCCUAAGAUCAAUUAGCCUUUUUCAAGGAGGCCUGUGAGGGAUUAGGAUUGAUACAAUUAAAAGCGGGUAUCAACCAAUCAGGACUUCACAUGGACACUCUGGUCGAGGAGGCUCAACAGCAGCUGUACUUUCUGAGGAGGCUGAGGAAGUUUGGCAUGUCGACCAAGAUCCUCAGCAACUUCUACAGUUGCUUCGUGGAGAGCAUCUUGAGCAGCUGCAUCACGCCAGCACUCCAGCCAUGGACCGCAAACGCCUGCAGAGAGUGGUUAAGACUGCUCAGAAGAUCAUUAGGACUCCACUGCCCUCUCUGCAGAGCGUCAACCACCACAGAGUCCACAGGAGAGCUGCCUCCAUCAUCAAGGACCCCACCCACCCACAACAUGGACUGUUCACACUUCAGGACGGAGGUACAGGAGGUACAGGAGUGUGAAAUGCAGGACGACCCGCCUAAAGAACUCGUUCUACCCCACUGCCAUCAGUCUCUUAAACAGAUGAUCAGAACAUUGCACUACAGACACGUUAAUAACAUAACAUCUAUUUUUACACUAUUUUUAUACUACUUAAACUAUUUUUUAUGUUGGUAUUUUGAGUGGACAGCAAAGUAAGAAUUUCAUUGUACAGGAAAACGUGUUUCUUUACUGUGCACAUGACAGUCCCAGUCCAGCACCUACACAGUUCCACAGUUCCACAGUUCCAGUCUAACUCGUUUGACUGAGUUCAAGCGAUCAUCAGUCCUCAUUUUGUAGCAUGCUUGUGAAUAUUCUCGUUCAUCCAGGUCACUGUAUUCUCAGGUCAAUGAAUCGAUCACAAAUGGACCUUUCGCCUCUCAUCCGAGCAGGCUUCAUCAGUCCAUGCUUGAAGACUAGGUAGGAUAGCUAUAGUCUGAGGGGUUGGUACAGCAUCAAAAGUUUUCAUCCUCCAAAUGCCCUGACAAGAAAGGAUGCAAUCUUUUGUGGCGAAAAACAACAGUCGUAAAGAUACAAUGGAGUGCGGCCUCUGUCAGCCACCAACAGCCGUUUGGAAAGAAACAACAGUCCAGUUGCAACCCAGCUGCCAUCAGUUCAGUGCCCUUUUAAAAAGCGUGCUCAAAUUCUCAAAGUGAUGAAGCGCAACACAUUCUUGGGUCGCGGGAGGCCCUGAUAUCAGCUGAGAGAUACAAAAGUUUGCUUUUGUAAUUGUCAGAUGAUCACGAUCACACAGGCAAUCCCAUCUAAAUGCUCAAGCACACCUCCUCCCUCUAACUUUCCCACCCGUCAACAAGAAAAAACAGUUUGGGCCCACUUACGAGCGCAUGUUGAUGUGGAUAAUGUCUAUCUGCCCACGCCUGAAUAGAAGUGGAGGUACUGUGAGUCAUGGACUUUGACUUCUUUGCAGUUUUCAGUAGCAUCCAACCUUUCAUGUUGAGUGACAAACUGCUUCAGAUGGGUGUUACAGCAUCCACCAUCUCCUGCGUCACUGACUGCUUGUCUGACAGGCCCCAGUUUGUGUGCUUCAUCCUGUCUCAUGCUGUGGCCACUAACGUCAGAGCACCACGAGGAACUGUCUUGUCUUCUCUUAUGUUCACGUCGUACACCUCAGACUUCCAAUACAACUCUGGAUCACAGUUCUGUGAUGAUUCUGCAGCGGUGGUGGAAGGACAAGAGAAGAAACACACAGAGCUGAUGGACCGCUUUGUGGACCGAUGCAGCAAGAAUCAUCUGGUCCUUAACACGAGCAAAACUAAGGAGCUCAUUGUGGACUUUGGGAGGUCCAGGACCAGCAUUAAGCUUGUUACUAUCCUCGGGGAGGACAUAGUAGAGCAGUACAAGUACACAUGAGUACACAAUGAACUGGACUGGAGUACUGGAAGGGAAUGAACAGACCUCAUAAUCUUCAAUGUGUGCAGCAAGAUUAUGGAGAUUAGUGAUGGUAAACUCGAUUCCUUUUACUGUGAGUUUUUAUGAGUCACUCGAAUUGAGUACUCGAUUCACUCGAGUCGGGUGUCACAGCGCACAUGCACAGAAAAAUAACCUCACACCGAGACUCCCAGAGACGUAUCUUGGCACUAAACAAACACCUCGUUGAGAUGGUUGGCCCAUUGCAGCGAUGUGUUUAUAUAUAGUAGAUCUGCUGCCCCUUCAAGGAAAACUGCCCUUUAUUGGAAUUUUGCCCAUCAUCCACAAUCCUUAUGUGAACACACGUUUUUCUCUUUUCUGUGCGUUCUAAAGAUAUAAAAACAGAUAAAAAGAGGUAGCUCGUCAACACAUGUAAUGGGACACACCUAUUCAGCCUAGAAAGCCCGUUAGCAUUCUAGCAUUUACAUAAAAAAAAAACGCUCUAAUUUGAUUUACUUAUCAUUCUCAUUAUUUUUGGAUAAAUGCUUGAUUUGCACUUUGUAUGAGUAAAUAAAUGACGUGUUAAAAAAAAAGUUUUGACAUUUGUACAUGCGCUUCAGUGCUUCAGCCUCACUGUUUCUUUAGUUUUUCUGCGCAUGCACACAGUCAUGGAAAAAUGAUAUUGUGCACUCUGUUUAUUACAAUCUAUGAUGCUGAAGGUUUCUGUGAAGUUUGGUGUUGGUGGGCUGACCAGGCCGUAACGUAAUGGCGAGGUCAUUUGACGUAACACAGAGACAGUAGAUGGAUCAUGCUCCGAAAGCCUUGCAAAACGUUGAUUGAUGCUGAGUGCAGUCCAAUAAGCAUAAGAAAGAAAAUAGAGAUAUGGGGAUGUCGAUGAGGGCUCCAGUCUGUGUGAUGAUGGCUGGUCUUUCAGCAGGACAGAAGGUUUGUGAGAAAAGGCUGAUGUUCUUAAACUUUUGACAGCUUGUCCAACUCCUCUUUGAUCCUUUUUUCCUCACGGUGCUCCAAGUUUGUUUUUUGUACCCAUCCAUGUGAUUUCCUCUUCACACUGUGUUUACUAAAGACAUUAGUUUUGUCCAUGAACAAUAAACUCAAAUAACAAACCAAACCUGGAUGGAAACAUGAAGAAGCGCUUCAACAGCAUGAUAAUGUGGGAGGAGUGAGGCCAGUUUAGACUUGGAAGGAUUGAUUCUGUCCAAAAUAUGGGAGUAAAUGUUUUUUCUCCUUAAGUGUUUGCUUGAAAUUGUUUUGCACUUUUUCCAUAUUCUGCUCCAGAUGGAAUGACCCACUUACUGACA